CGUCUCCGGUCUCCGGUCUCCGGGCCCGCCGGGCCUGCGCCGCCGCCGAUCUCCGCGCCUGAGCCAUGGCGGGCGCCGCGUCUCCCUGCGCCAACGGCUGCGGGCCCGGCACGCCCUCGGACGCCGAGGUGCUGCACCUCUGCCGCAACCUCGAGGUGGGCACCGUCAUGACUUUGUUCUACUCCAAGAAGUCGCAGCGGCCCGAGAGGAAGACCUUCCAGGUCAAGCUGGAGACGCGCCAGAUCACGUGGAGCCGUGGCGCCGACAAGAUCGAGGGGGCCAUUGAUAUUCGUGAAAUUAAGGAGAUUCGCCCAGGGAAGACCUCACGGGACUUUGACCGCUAUCAAGAGGACCCUGCUUUCCGGCCUGACCAGUCCCACUGCUUUGUCAUCCUCUAUGGAAUGGAGUUCCGCUUGAAGACCCUGAGCCUGCAAGCCACAUCUGAGGAUGAAGUCAACAUGUGGAUCAAAGGCUUAACCUGGCUGACAGAAGACACAUUGCAGGCAGCCACACCCCUACAAAUUGAGAGGUGGCUUCGGAAACAGUUCUACUCCGUGGAUCGCAAUCGUGAGGACCGUAUAUCAGCUAAGGACCUGAAAAACAUGCUGUCUCAAGUUAACUACCGGGUCCCUAACAUGCGCUUCCUCCGGGAGCGGCUGACGGACCUGGAACAACGCAGCGGGGAUAUCACCUAUGGACAGUUUGCACAGCUGUACCGCAGCCUCAUGUACAGCGCCCAGAAGACGAUGGACCUCCCUUUCUUGGAAGCCAGCACUCUGAGGACUGGAGAGCGGCCCGAGCUCUGCCGAGUGUCUCUCGCGGAAUUCCAGCAGUUCCUCCUUGAGUACCAGGGGGAGCUGUGGGCUGUUGACCGGCUCCAGGUACAGGAAUUCAUGCUCAGCUUCCUCCGAGAUCCCUUGCGAGAGAUCGAGGAGCCUUAUUUCUUCCUGGAUGAGUUUGUCACCUUCCUGUUCUCCAAAGAGAACAGUGUGUGGAACUCCCAGCUGGAUGCGGUGUGCCCGGACACCAUGAACAACCCUCUCUCCCACUACUGGAUCUCCUCCUCACACAACACGUACCUGACUGGGGACCAGUUCUCCAGCGAGUCCUCGCUGGAAGCCUAUGCCCGCUGCCUGCGGAUGGGCUGCCGCUGCAUCGAGUUGGACUGCUGGGAUGGCCCAGAUGGGAUGCCUGUCAUUUACCACGGGCACACCCUUACCACCAAGAUCAAGUUCUCAGACGUCCUGCACACCAUCAAGGAGCACGCCUUCGUGGCCUCCGAGUACCCAGUCAUCCUGUCCAUUGAGGACCACUGUAGCAUUGCCCAGCAGAGAAACAUGGCCCAGUACUUCAAGAAGGUGCUCGGGGAUACGCUCCUCACCAAGCCUGUGGACAUUGCUGCUGAUGGGCUUCCCUCACCCAACCAGCUUAAGAGGAAGAUCCUCAUCAAGCACAAGAAGCUGGCGGAGGGCAGUGCCUACGAGGAGGUGCCCACCUCUGUGAUGUACUCCGAGAAUGACAUCAGCAACUCCAUCAAGAAUGGCAUUCUCUACCUGGAGGACCCUGUGAACCAUGAAUGGUAUCCCCAUUACUUCGUUCUGACCAGCAGCAAGAUCUACUACUCUGAGGAGACCAGCAGUGAUCAGGGCAACGAGGACGAGGAGGAGCCCAAAGAGCAGGCCAGCGGGAGCACAGAGCUACACUCCAGUGAGAAGUGGUUCCAUGGCAAGCUCGGGGCUGGCCGGGACGGGCGGCACAUUGCCGAGCGCCUGCUCACUGAGUACUGCAUCGAGACCGGGGCCCCCGACGGCUCCUUCCUCGUGCGAGAGAGUGAGACCUUCGUGGGCGACUACACGCUCUCUUUCUGGCGGAAUGGGAAAGUCCAGCACUGCCGGAUCCAUUCCCGGCAGGAUGCUGGGACCCCCAAGUUCUUCCUGACAGACAACCUCGUCUUUGACUCCCUCUAUGACCUCAUCACACACUAUCAGCAGGUUCCCCUGCGCUGCAAUGAGUUUGAGAUGCGCCUUUCAGAACCUGUGCCACAGACCAAUGCCCAUGAGAGCAAAGAGUGGUACCACUCAAGCCUGACCAGAGCACAGGCCGAGCACAUGCUGAUGCGUGUGCCCCGUGAUGGAGCCUUCCUGGUGCGGAAACGGAGCGAGCCCAAUUCCUAUGCCAUCUCCUUCCGGGCCGAGGGCAAAAUCAAGCACUGCCGCGUCCAGCAGGAGGGCCAGACUGUGAUGCUGGGGAACUCUGAGUUUGACAGCCUUGUCGAUCUCAUCAGCUACUAUGAGAAACACCCGUUGUACCGCAAGAUGAAGCUGCGCUACCCCAUCAAUGAGGAGGCGCUGGAGAAGAUCGGCACUGCUGAGCCUGACUAUGGGGCCCUGUACGAGGGACGCAAUCCUGGUUUCUAUGUGGAGGCGAACCCCAUGCCAACAUUCAAGUGUGCGGUCAAAGCCCUCUUUGACUACAAGGCCCAGCGAGAGGAUGAGCUGACCUUCACCAAGAGCGCCAUCAUCCAGAACGUGGAGAAGCAGGAUGGAGGCUGGUGGAGAGGAGACUAUGGUGGGAAGAAGCAGCUGUGGUUCCCGUCAAAUUAUGUGGAAGAGAUGAUCAACCCUGCAGCUCUGGAGCCGGAGAGGGAGCACUUGGACGAGAACAGCCCUCUGGGGGACUUGCUGCGGGGGGUCUUGGAUGUGCCAGCCUGUCAGAUUGCCAUCCGUCCCGAGGGCAAGAACAACCGGCUCUUCGUCUUCUCCAUCAGCAUGACAUCAGUGACCCACUGGUCCCUGGAUGUAGCUGCAGACUCACAGGAGGAGCUGCAAGACUGGGUGAAGAAGAUCCGCGAAGUGGCACAGACCGCAGACGCCAGGCUCACCGAGGGGAAGAUGAUGGAACGGAGGAAGAAGAUUGCAUUGGAGCUUUCUGAGCUUGUCGUCUACUGCAGGCCGGUUCCCUUUGAUGAAGAGAAGAUUGGCACAGAACGUGCCUGCUACCGGGACAUGUCAUCCUUCCCGGAAACCAAGGCUGAGAAGUACGUGAACAAGGCCAAAGGCAAGAAGUUCCUGCAGUACAACCGGCUGCAGCUGUCCCGCAUCUACCCCAAGGGCCAGCGGCUCGACUCCUCCAAUUACGACCCUUUGCCCAUGUGGAUCUGUGGCAGUCAGCUCGUGGCGCUCAACUUCCAGACCCCAGACAAGCCCAUGCAAAUGAACCAGGCGCUCUUCAUGGCGGGCGGGCACUGUGGCUACGUGCUGCAGCCCAGCACCAUGCGGGACGAGGCCUUUGACCCGUUUGACAAGAGCAGCCUCCGAGGACUGGAGCCCUGCGCCAUCUGCAUCGAGGUACUGGGGGCGCGACACCUGCCAAAGAAUGGCCGGGGCAUUGUGUGUCCUUUUGUGGAGGUUGAGGUGGCUGGGGCCGAGUACGACAGCGUCAAGCAGAAGACGGAGUUUGUAGUGGACAAUGGACUGAACCCUGUUUGGCCAGCCAAGCCCUUCCACUUCCAGAUUAGUAACCCUAAAUUUGCCUUCCUUCGCUUUGUGGUAUAUGAGGAAGACAUGUUCAGUGACCAGAACUUCUUGGCUCAGGCUACCUUCCCCGUGAAAGGCUUGAAGACAGGAUACAGAGCGGUGCCUCUGAAGAACAACUACAGUGAGGACUUGGAGCUGGCGUCCCUGCUCAUCAAGAUCGACAUCUUCCCUGCCAAGGAGAACGGCGAGCUCAGUCCCUUCGGUGGUGCCUCCCUGCGGGAGCGGAGCACAGAUGCCUCCACCCAGCUCUUCCAUGGCCGGGGCCGGGAAGGCUCCUUGGAAGGCCGCUACCAGCAGCCGUUCGAGGACUUCCGCAUCUCCCAGGAGCACCUUGCAGACCAUUUUGACAGUCGAGAGCGAAGGUUAGGGCGGUGGGGGAGGCCGCGGACAGGCUCAGGGAGGGUGCAGUUGUCUGGCUUUGAAGCCCAUGAGGCUACAAGGCCCUGUUGCCAGUACGGACCCUUCCCCUCUGUCCAGGGCCCCGAGAAGGACUCGCGUCAACGGAGACAACCGCCUCUAGUGCCCGCCUUGCUGGAGAGCAGCAGGUGCUGCGAGCCUCGUGGAGUGCCGGGAACGGGCUUCUCUGGACGUGGCCUCCCGUGACAGCCCUCCUGGUGUCACAGCCUGGAGCCUGGAUUCCAGCCGUGAAUGCUAGCAAAACCAAGCCAUUAAUGAGAUGUACUGUGUGGGCCCCCGUGCCCCAACUCUGGGGAAGGGAAAAACUGUACUGUGUCUCGCAUUAAGCACACACCUGGCCCCGAAUCUAGAGAUGGAUCCGUCCGUCCGUCCUGUGGGGCCAGGACCAGGGCGAAGCCCCGGUGGAGAGGGAGGCCGUCUCCUUGGUGGCACCGGAGGCUUCAAGGAGCCGCUGACAUUCCUGGGAGUAGAGGAGGAGGAGGAGGCGCCUCGCAGGGCCAGGGAAGCAAACAAAGUUUACAUUGUCCUGUAGCUUUAAAACCACAGCCGGGCAGGGUCAGGGCGGAGCGGGCCCUGCACUUGGGCCCCGGGCCAGGGCUGAGGAGGGGAAGGUCUGCGUGGAGGGGGCCCUGCCCUGCCCAGGAGGAGGACACAGCACAAGGGCACUGCCCGUGGCUGGGGUGCCACCUAGCCGGACAGACACAGGGGAUCAUGAUGAAAAUAGCAGUAUUAUUUUUCUUCUCAGUGGUGUUGUAACUAAGUUAUUCACUCCUCCCGCUCCUUCCCCUCGGCGGGAAAGCUCAGUGCAGAGCCCUGGGGAGCCGCGGCCGCCAGCCCAGGUGGGGAGGGCUCCGUGUGGGUGGGAAGGCUGUGGAGGAAGGAGUGGGAAGAGGAAAUAGCAAAGUAUCCUGGUGAGCUUUUUUGUUUGUUUGUUUUUAAGGCAAGGAAGACUUGGUUCUCCCUUAGGAAUGACGGGGGGGUGUAAGGAGUUGCCCACCCCGCGGGGAGGUAGAGUCAGGCAGACUUCCGCGUAACUGGUCAGAGAUGGAGAAGCCGGGAAGGCAGCCCCCCUCCGAGGACAGGCCGGGGAGCAGGCCCGUGGGCGUAAAGGUGCCUCAUCGCAUAGCCAGCAUUCAGCACACGCAAACCCACUGCCCCCGUUUGGGCUCAGGGUUGGCCAUUUGCUAGUUCUGCUGCCCUCUUAAGAUCUGACUGCCAAAUAAACCAUCCUCAUGUCCUUUUUC